UGGGCAUCCUGUAUUUAUCUGGCAAUUUUACUCCUAUUGCUUGAAGCAGGAUAUCUUACACAACAGCUGUCAGAUCAUUUGCACGGUCACCACCAUAAUGUUGCGAGGGGAAAGAUUUGCAAGGACAGAAAGUAAACCUUGAGCAUUCUCUUCUCUCCAGUGGCAAAUCUACCCCUUACAAUAAUGGUGAUCAUGGCUAUCGUUUGCCUAGUUAGUCCUUGUGUGGGCAGCUCGUGGGCUAUACACCCUAUCUAAUUUUCACAUCGGUGCUGCAACGUAGGGAAGUGGCUAAAUCUUUAUCCCAUUUACAAAUGACUACACUUUCCCUUGGUCACACAGCUAGAGAGAGUAGCAAAGCCGGAAUUCAAAUGCAGCCCUGUCUUUGCACAUUGCAAUCCUGCUUUCAACCACCGAAGAUGUUUCGCUGUGGUUUUCACAAAAUGGAAGAUGACAAAAUAUAUUCCCCAGCCCUUCAUUCUACCCACGUGGGAGGAUGGAUGACAGGUUGUAUUAGUGUCCUAGGUUUGCUGUAAGAAUCACAGACUGGUUGGUGUAAAUGACAGAAAUGUAUUUUCUCACAAUCCUGGAGACUUGACAUCAGAGAUCAAGGUGGCAGCAGGGCUGGUUCCUUCUGGGUGCUGUGAGAGAAUGAUCUAUUCCAGGUCUGUGAUGGUUCAUUUUAUGUGUUGAUGUCAUUGAGGCAUUGGAUGGCCAGAUCUCUGAUGAAACCAUCUUUCUGGGUGUUUCUGGAAGAGAUUAGCAUUUGAAUUGGUGGACUGAGUAAAGCAGUCUGCCCUCUUCGGUGUGGAUGGGCCUCAUCCAAUCCAUUGAGGGCCUAAAUGAAACAAGGCGGACUGCGGUUGAAUUGGUGCUCUCAAUUCAAUUGCCUGACUACAGUGAGGUGAGCCGUCAGUCUUCUCCUGCCUUCAGACUGAGACUUCCACCAUUAGUGCUCCUGGUUCUCAGGUCAUUGCGCUCAGACUGGAAUUGAUACUACCCACUUUCCUGGGGCACCAGCUUGCAGUUGGGAGAUCAUAAAACUUCUCAGCCUCCAUAAUGGCAUGAGACAACUCUGUAAUAAAUGUCAUUUUAUGUUCUGUUUCUUUGGAGAACCUUAAUACAAGGCCUCCCUCCUUGGUUUGUAGAUGGCCAUUUUCUCCCUUGUCUUCACAUCGUCUUCUUCUUACAAGGACACAGUCAUACUGGAUUAGGAUCCCACCCUCAUGAUCUCAGUGUAACGUAAUCGCCUCUAUAAAGACCCUGUCUUCAAAUAAGGUCACAUUCUGAGUUACUGGGGGCUGGGAGUUAAGACUUCAACAUAUGAAUUUUGGGAAGAGAGGGGGACCCGGUUUAGCCCAUAAGAGGGUUUGUGGGGCCGUGACUCAUCCUAACACAAUCUUCAUUUAAAAAAGGAACCCAAGGGAAUAGAUUUCAAAUGCUGGAAUUCUGAGUUUCACGAGGUGGAACUCUAAUUUUUAAAGUAGUCCUCAGAGACAGGAAAGGCCCAUCUUGCAGUUCUUAAUGUUAGCACCUCAAAGGUGUCACACUCUCCACCCAAGGGGCCCUAGCAACUUCUAGAAUGUCAAUUAUUAUGAGGACAGGGGAUUGUGAUGGUUGCUAGUCUAUGGAAUCUGGUGAGGCCUAAUGUCAGCACCUCAAAUGAGGUCCGGUGGCCCCACCUGGCAGCAUUCUGGUUUUCUGGAUGGCAACAGAAGACAGGGAGAUGAUGGAAGCCCGGGGUGCGGGAGAAAGUUGCCCGACCUUCCCCAAGAUGGUGCCUGGUGACUCCAAGUCUGAAGGGAAGCCAAGGGCUUGUCUGGAGGCAGAGUCCCAGAAGCCAGACUACUCCUGUGACCACUUGGAAGAGAUGGAAGCUUGUGAGGAUGGAGGCUGUCCAGGGCCACCUAAAUCGCUGUCCCCCAAGUCCUGCCCUGCCACCAAAGGCCAGGCAGGUGAUGGACCCAAACCCGCAGAGCUGCCCCCAGCCCCUGGGACCGAGCACAAUGCUGAGAUGGACCUGGAGAAGGUGCGCAUGGAGUUUGAGCUCACGCGGCUCAAGUACCUGCACGAGGAGAACGAGCGGCAGCGGCAGCAUGAGGUGGUGAUGGAGCAGCUGCAGAGGGAGGCGUCACCCCACCUGUUCUCAGGAGGCCUCCAGGACCUCCUGCUGCCCCAGAACCAGUUUGCCAUGUUCCUGUACUGCUUCAUCUUCAUUCACAUCAUCUAUGUCACCAAGGAGAUGGUCUUCUUUCUCUUCUCCAAGCACUACCUGUUCUGCAUCGCGACCAUUUUGCUCUGUUUGAUUAAAACUUUCUGGUCAUACUUCCAAGUGCCUUUGCUCUCUCCAUCACUAGGACCCUCACCCCUGCCAUGCUAGAGUGUUAUCAGUGCGUGAUCUCAGCCUCCCAGCACCUCCUUUUAUCAUUUUGUGCCUCUGUCCAAUCAGAAUCCACUCUUAGGAAGGGCACUGCUGCCCAGCAUUUCCACCUGAGAGUGAAGAAACAUGUUCAUGCCCCUUAGGCAGAGCCUGAGUUCUCACUGUGGACAUGAUGUUUUGUCCCAAGAGGAAGAUUUCAAAUGUUAGCAGGUCAGGGAGGUUUCUGCAGGGAAGGAGGGUUUAGAACACCUUUCUAAAAUCACAGAAGCACACCAUGACCAAGCUGGCUUUGGUUUCACAUCUACUCAUGUCCAUAGAUCCCUGAGGGUUGGAAAGCCUGUGGUCUGCUUGGAGACAGCCCCUCCAUCUCCUGCAAAGAUGUCUAUGUCCUAAUCCCCAUGAAUAUGUUACCUUACAUGGUAAAAGAGCCUGAGAUUUGAUUAAGGACCUUGCAAUGGGGAGAUGAUCCUGGAUUAUCCAGGUAGGCCCGUGGUAGUCACAAGCGCCCUUAUAAAAGGGAGGCAGGAGGCUGAGAAUCAGAGAGAUGUGACCAUGGAAGCAGGGGGCAGAAUGAUGCAGGGCUGUGGGUCAGGGAAUGUGGGAAGCCUCUAGAAGCCAGGAAAGGCAAUAAAGGGAUUCUCUGCUAGAGCCUCCGGAGGGGGCCCUGCGCUGCUACCCCACAUUAGACUCCUGACCUCCAGAACGUUAGGAGAAUAUGUCUGUGUUAUUUUAAGCCGCUAAGUUUCUGGCAAUUUGUUACACCAGCCACAGGAAACUAAUGCAGGAGCCAAGACUCCCAAGCGCUCUCCAGCUGUGCCAACAUGGCAGGAUACCAUCACCAGGCCACUGGCCAGGCUUCAUUUAGCACUGGGCCUGAGCAGACUUGUACACAGCUGGACUUGAGACAGCAUAUGGUUAAAAAGGAGAGGCAGUGAAGCUCCAGAGAGCCCGGCAUAGGCCUAGCUGAACCCGGUGGACAAGGGGUAUCCGUAUCACUGAGCUGUGUAUCCUCUGGGUGAGGCAUGUGGCAAAAUAAAGGCAUACUUCUAGGGGACAUAGGGAAGAAGGAAUUUAAGUGCCUGAUUGGGCCCAGAGGACAUCAUUAAUUCUACUCUAUUGGAAAGCUGGAAAUGG